ACUCUUACAUUUAAAAUAAAUACAUUUUAAUGAAAUACUUAAAAACAGUAUAUAUGUUUGUGAUUUAGAUGUUUGACUCCGACCUACUGGUGCUGGUGGUUAGGAAAGCACCGGUUUGGCACUAUUCCACUCUAACCAUUCCAUAUUUAGCCACUGUAAACAUCAUUGUCAGAACAUACUGUGCUCCCUGUGCUCCUUAUACUAAACAAUUGCCACAAUCUCUAUCACCAAAAACACCAUCACCAGCAACAUCGGUACCGUCGCCAGCUCUGACAAUACAUGACUCAGCCCAACAUCGCAUACAAACCACUGGCAAACUAUUAAACAACUUUUUCAAUAGUAAUACAACUACUUUGAAUGCAAACAACCGCAAGAGGCGCACAACACUAUUACCAAAGAUAUUGCCAAAUACAUUCAUCCCUGCAUUUUGUAAAUCACUUCAAUAUAGUCAUAAUCCAAAUAGGAUUCACCUGAAAGCCAGUGGCAAUCAAUCGGUUUUAGUUAUCACUGCAUACCUCUAUGAGGGACUUAAACUUAGCAAUGAUUUUGAAUGCCAUAUACUGGUAUACGCCCCCACAAAUAUGGGUAUCGUUUCGACAGUUAAGAAGGUAUCAUUUCACGACAACGACACCCUAUCCUUCCAGAGCGGAACUAAUCCGGAGAGUGUAUGGAUCCCGAAGGGUGACGACUAUAAAUUCAAAGAAAUAGUAGCCGUUCCCACCAAUGAGGAAAGCAAUAUGUUUUUGAAGUUCCGACCGAGUGUAAACCGGUCCAACCAUAUGGCCGGCUUUGAAAUUGCAUUCACAGCAUACAAACAAGUGGACAAAAACAAGGGCGAGACAUGCGAUGACGACCUAUUUGACUGCGGAGACAAUGGACGCUGUAUUUGGCCGGAACUUCAGUGCAACGGAUAUAACAAUUGCGGCAAUGAAAUGGACGAAUCGGGUUGUGCCGGUGUUAGCACUUGGAUUAUCAUAUUGUUAGUGGCUAUUGGCAUACUUGUUGUCAUAUUGGCUAUAUUUGUCUGGUAUAAAAUGGCUCAAAGAUAAAUUCAUUAACCCAUUGGCCUAUCCAUUGGUGAGCAAACCUCAUGAAUCAGCUUCUCUACCGUUUCAUUGAUUAAGUGUAUUAGGAUUACGACAAAGUGCCGAUAAUUUUUCUAAAUACGUAACUAUUAAUUACUGGAUUUUGUUACUAAUUAUUAUUGUUGUUAUUAUAUGUAAAUUGUCUUUUUUCAGAUAAAAAUCAUGUAUUAAUUAAACAAUUUUACUUUUAAUACUAUAAUAUAGAAAUUGUUAAUUAUAAAA